AAAAAGAAACGGGAUUGAGGAACCUCUCCAGCCACAGACUGCUUUCAAGUGGUCUACCCACAGAAAAUCUACAGUUAUGAAGAACAGAGGUGGGGUGUUUCUUACCCUGUUUAUCUCAGGACUGUAUUCUCUGACCUCAAGCAUCACCCCUCAGUAUCACUUUGUGAAUGAUAAGAAGAACUGGACAGAGGCACAGAGGUACUGCCGGGAGCAAUACUGGGAUCUGCCAUCCAUCUACAGCAUAGAGGACAUGGAGAGCCUGACUGAAGCCGUGCACAGUGGCUUUGACGGCAGGGCCUGGAUAGGACUAGAAAGGGGAAUCUUGCAGACGUGGCACUGGUCUUUCACAGACAAAGAUUUCUACAGGCAUGGGGAGUUUGAGUUUCGCAACUGGAAAAACGGGGAGCUGAGCAACGGCGAUAGCAAAGAUAGCUGUGCAGCCAUGCAUCCCAACGGGAGAAAGAAAGACUUUAUUUUGCACAAGGAUGACAAGACCUGGAGGGAAGCUCAGACCUUCUGCAGGGAGAAUCACAGUGACCUGGUCAGUGUGCGGAACCAGUCGGAGAACCAGAAGAUACAGAGUGUCCUGCAGUCUCAGAGCGCGUGGAUCGGUCUGUUCAGUGAUCCCUGGAGGUGGUCAGACUGUGGGAACUCCUCAUUCCGCUUCUGGAACUCAAAACAGCCAAACAAUUUCAGAGGGAAUCAGCACUGUGUGGCAGCCGUGCUGUCAAAAUCUGGGAGAUGGAACGAUCUGAAAUGCAGCAGCAGUCGUCCUUUCUUCUGCCAAAGUGAUUACCUCAUCCUGAUCCAUGAGAACAAGACCUGGAAGGAGGCCCUGAGCUACUGCAGAGAGCACCAUGUCAGCCUGGUGUCCGUCACCAAUGCAGUGACCCAGAGCUGGGUGGCGAAGAAGGCUGAGAAUGCCUCCACCACCCAUGUGUGGCUGGGCCUGCGCUUCACUUGCACUUUCAAUUUCUGGUUCUGGAUCACGUCUGAGCCCGGCUGCUACCAGAACUGGGCAGAUGGGCAUGGGCCAGGUGGGUUAGGAGUGUGUGGACACACAGGUGCGAUAGAAUCAGGAGGGGCGCAUCAGUGGGUCAGCUUGCCAGAGACUGAGAGGCUCAAUUUCAUCUGCUACACUUGUGGUGGUCGGAGACAUUAAUAUAGUUGGCCCACCAGCUUUUGCGCCUGAAUGGACUGGACUUUAUUCAGUAGGAGCAACAACAUC